AUGACCUUGGAGGAGGCAUGGGUGCGGAUAAAAUCAAUGGCGAUGAGGAUAUGGGCGAGGACCACACGCAGGAUACGAGUUGUUCUCGCGCUCGUUGUCUUUUUGUACGUCUCCCUACAGUAUGCGCAGGAGCAGAGGACGCCCUUCAACGAGUCCAAGGUGGCCCUCCUGAUCGAGAACCGUGCCAACCCCAUCCUCGCCCCUCUGAUGCUGCACUUUAUGUCCGUCGUCCCGCCCGACUGGCGCUUUCGGUUCAUGGGCUCCGUUGAGUCUGUCGAGUUCAUCAACAAGUCUGUCGCCAUCCAGAGCCAGGUCCGGACCGGCAAGCUUGAUCUGACAUACAUCCCCUCCAACAUGUCUGUGUCCUCUCAGGAGGAGAUCUCCCGCUUCCUCACCAACCUCUGGAUGUACGAGACCGUCCUCGCCCCAGCUGAGUGGUUGCUCAUCUUCCAAACCGACUCCAUUCUGUGCGCCAACUCCCAGCGCAAUCUCAACGAAUACCUCGACUACGACUGGAUCGGCGCCCCCUGGAACCCCGGUUCACGCUUUGGCGGGAACGGCGGCCUGUCCAUCCGCCGCGUCAGCGCCAUCAUCGAUGUGCUGCGCUCGCAGGCCCGCGCGGACUUUUCCGAGGCCGAGGACGUCUGGCUCACCGAGCGGCUGGGACACAGGCCAAAUGCCAAAAUGGCCGACGCAACCGUCUCGCUCACCUUUAGCGGGGAGAUGCACACGGGUAAGGCUACCCAUCUAGCCACCGAUAAGGAGACGUCACAGUACAACUCGACCAUCGAGGCCGCGGAGCAGGGAGAGCUCGUCAAGGGGAUCGACGACUGGCGCGAGGGUUUCUACGAACCCAUGGGAUAUCACACAGGUGGCGGCGGCACAUACCUACACUCGCAGAUCUGGGGCAGUCCCAGGCUUAGGAAGCAUAUCUGGGACUACUGCCCCGAGGUCAAGAUGACGCUCGCCAUGGAUGCGGCGAGGUACGUGCCGGGCAGCUGUGGUGCCUACUGGAAGCGAGACGCUCUGGGAGAUGGGUAUCACAUGGCUGAUACAGGUAUGCUGGAUGUCGACCUGGGAAUGGGAACGGAGAUGAUUGAUGGUGUCGAGUACCCAUUACUCCCCGAUGGGUUGACGCCAUUCUAA